AACCGUUUGUUUACAUUUAUGGAAAAGUCGUUGUUAGCCAAAACAGACGCCCUCUUUUAUAAUUCAUGAUUGCUUUUAAAAGAGAUAAUUUUACUAAAGUCUUACAACAAUGCGAACGGUACCAAAAUGGGUUAAUAAGAUCCAUGAAGCUGACAAAGUUGAAUCAUCAAGUGUCCAUGCAAUAUGCUUCAAUCCUGAAGGUACACAGUUGGUUGUUGGUGCUGGUGAGAAAGUUAUGGUUUAUGAUCCAAGAGAUGGAGCAUUGGUACAACUUCUUCAAGCUCAUAAAGCCCCCGUGUAUGCUGUUGCAUAUUGUGGUGACGGGAAAAAGUUUGCAAGUGGUAGUGCAGACAAAAAUGUUAUAAUAUGGACAUCUAAGAUGGAAGGGGUUGUGAAAUAUUCACACAGUGAAUCCAUCCAAUGUUUGGCAUAUAAUCCUGUUUCUCUACACUUGGCAUCUUGUGCUUUAUCAGACUUUGCGUUCUGGUCCGCUGAUGUGAAGGCGGUACAGAAGUAUAAGGUGUCUGGUCGCAUCACAAGUUGCGCUUGGUCAGAGAAUGGACAGUUUUUAGCUAUUGGGCUUGCCAUUGGUGCAGUAUCUUUGAGGAAUAAAAUCGGAGAUGAAAUACAGUUAAUACAAAGAGAAGCACCCAUAUGGGCUGUGGCAUUCUCAAAUAACACACUAUUAGUCACCGACUGGAAUGAAACAAUGUCUUUUUAUAAUGUAAAGGGUCAACAAGUAUUAAAAGAUAGGUUUUUAGGUAUAGCAGCAUUGUCGAUAUCAAUAUUCGAGGCACUUGUACUCGUUGGCGGCAUGGGUGGGUGGGCGUUGCUGACAACUGAGGGUGUUGUAAUGAUGAAGACUCCACAAGAUUGGGUGUGGUCGGUCGCACCAUCUCCCGCGCAAAAUACUAUGGCAGUGGCGUGUCAAGAUGGUACAUUAUGGUGUUAUCAAAUAGUAUUCAGCACAGUCCAUGGGUUGUAUCGCGAAAGAUAUGCUUAUCGUGAGAACAUAACUGACGUCAUAAUACAACAUUUAACAACUGGUAACAAGGUUCGGAUCAAAUGUCACGACAGAGUUCAGAAAAUCGCUAUAUAUAAACAUAGAUUAGCGGUGCAAUUACCAGAGAGGGUGGUUGUUUAUGAACAAGGAGAUCCAGAAGGGAUGAUGUAUAGGGUGAAAGAGAAGUUGCCGCAGAAAUCAGAAUGCUCCCUCCUUAUAGCAACAAGCGACGCUUUGCUACUUUGUCAGGAUAAUAAGUUGUCGGUGAUCGGGAAAAAAACUUCAAGUUCAUGGUCUUUUCCUGCACCGAUUCGCUACGUCAAAGUUACUACAAUAUAUUUUAUGGAAGUUCUUCUCUUAGGCCUUCUUAAUGGGCAGAUAUGGCAAGUUGAGCCCAAAGAUGGUACCAGUAAAGUGAUAAUUACAACACCCUGCGGUGUUCGAUGUCUUGAUGUUAGUGCUUCUCGCAAUAGCCUAGCAGUCGUUGACGAUCUGUCCGUCUGUAGAGUUUACUGCUUACCAACUGCUGAAUUGCUGUAUUCCGAAGAGAAUGUUUCAUCUGUGGCUUGGAACUCAUUAUGUGAUGAAUUGCUCUGCCUGUCUGGUGGAGGCUUGCUGUCUAUAAAGGCAGGCAAAUUCCCAGCGGCGAGACAACCGCUUGCAGGAUCCGUUGUUGGAUUUCAGGGUGGUCGUGUAUUCUGUUUGCAAUCAAGUGCCAUGCAAACCAUAAACGUGCCACUCUCCCAUGCUGUACAUCAAUACGUUCAAAAGAAGAUGUUCAAUGACGCGUAUGCGGUAGCUUGUUUGGGUGUCACAGCACUUGAUUGGGAACGACUUGGUUUAGCUGCCUUCGAUGAACUUUCUUUCGAAGUUGCUAGAAAGGCAUUUCAGAGAAGUGAAAAUAUCACUUACCUCACACUUAUUGAUCAAUUACAGGAAAAACUAGAAGCUGGAGAGAAGCGAGGAGUAGUUUUGGGUGAAGUCCUAGCGUAUAGAGGAAAAUAUAACGAAGCGGCGAACUCCUUCCAAACUUCGGGACGCGAUGAUCGAGCACUUAACUUAUACCUUGAUCUCAGGAUGUUUAAUAAAGCACAGGAGUUGGUGGGUGAGGGCGAAGGCCUGGCGGCUCUGGGGCGGAGGCGCGCGGAGUGGGCGCGGCAUGUGAGCGAGCCCCGCGCCGCUGCUGAGAUGUACCUUGCUGUAGGUGACGUACGUCGCGCCGCACAACUUAUGGCGGACAAUGGACGCAGGGAUAUGUUAAUAGAGUUGGCACGUAAACUGGAUAAGGGGUCAAGUGAGUCGCUCCGGCACGUUGCUGAGGCGCUGGUGUCAGUAGGAGAGCCGGCAGCCGCCGCUGAUGUUUAUCAACGUCUUGGUGAUUAUAGGAAAGUAGCGCAGUUAGCAAUAUCCGCUGGCGAAUGGCAGCGAGCGUUCGCACUUGUUCGCGAACACGCGGAGUGCAAGAGCGAUGUUUACUUACCGUACGCACAUCGUAUGGCACAGGAGAACAAAUUCAUUGAGGCACAGAAAGCGUAUCAUAUGGCAGGUGAAACGGCGACAGCGAUGCGUGUAUUCGCCGUGUUAGUUGGAAAUGCAGUAGCUGAGGAACGGUUCUCGGACGCCGGAUAUUUACAUCAUCUACUUGCCCUCCAAUGCUUAGAGACUGCUAAUGUUACUACAGACAAAGCUCGUGAAUCAGCGCUUCGUAGAUACGAGAGUAACUCUGGUUUGUCGGCAGUAUACAACGCCUACGAAGCUGUGCACCGCUGUGUUCACGAGCCAUUCUCAUUGACACAACCAGACACGUUACUGAAUGCUGCUCGGUAUGCAUACGCAUACGUAGAAGAUAACAUUCUACCGCCGGGAUUGUCAUUAUUCUGUUUGUAUUUAUGUAUCGCAAAACAAGCAAAAACAUUGAACGCGAACACAUUAGCGCAGCAAAUGUUUGAUAAAAUACUCAAUCUACAAGUACCACAAAAAUUUCAAGAAAGCGUGGAAUUAUUAAUACUAAAGAGUCGGGCUACAAGUUGUGUUGAUAAUGAAGAGGAAGUAGCGCCAUUGUGCUGGCGUUGUCGGAGACACGUGCCAGCAUUGUGCGCCAGCAAGUGUCCCCAUUGCUAUCAUCGUCUUGCACAUUCUAUGGCCACGUAUGAAGUGCUUCCCCUAGUGCAAUUUGUACCAGCGGAGGGUAUAUCUAUGGAAGAAGCGUUUGACCUUUUAGAACGAACGCCGCUGCCCGAAGCUGCAGUCAAACAAACUAAUGAAGCUGAUAUACUUAGAAUAGACCACGACAUCGAUUCCUCGGAUCCAUUCUUAGAUAAAAUUGAAGAGGAGGAUGAAGCUGGUGUAGUUGUGUGCAGUCGCAAUGCUUUGUUGCGUAUGAAUCCUGCAAGUGUAGUUGUAGUACAACGACCGCCGCUGACUACACGAUUCUAUAGAAAUAUGUUACCCGAACUACCUAUAGCUACCUGUACACACUGCCAGAAUCUGUUUUAUAUGGAGGAUUAUGAAAUACAAAUUGUUACUAAGGGUCAUUGCCCAUUCUGUCGUCAUCCACCCGAAGAGAUCAAUGAAGAUGUAGAUGACUCGUUACUCAAUGGAUCUGAUGGCUCAACACCGGACAGUGCGAGCAAUGGACAUAAUACAUGGCGAUAGUCACAAUACCAGGGUCAUGAAACUAUAUAUGCAAAUACUUGAUACUGCUAAGUAGUUCAAAUUAUAAUGGUACGAAAACAAAACAAUUAUUACGAUGUAACACUCCGCGACCUUUCCAAAAUCUUCGUGAACUUUCGACUAAAUUCGGCGGAGCUCGGAAUUUUCGUACCACGGUAAAAAUCCGAGCUCUCGUCAUGCGUUUUGUACUAAACGUUCCGUUUUACGAGCCGUUAACUAUCUCUAUACUUUACAUCGAAAAUAAGUAUUAUAAAUAUGUUUAGAGCUUAAUUUUUAAUAUGGAUUAGAAUGUUUUAUAGUAAUUAUAAAAUAUAUUGGAAUUUAUUCGAUCGCCGUAAGAACGCAUUUAAAGACGAGCCACUAAAUACCAUGUACAAUCAAAUUCAAUGAAAAUGACAAAUUACAAACUUAUUUAAACAAACAAUAUAACACAAUCACUUUAAAUUAUUAA